GUGUGUUCAAGCGUGUUGCGGUGUGUCGAGUGUUGCAUCGAGGAUUGGUGUCAUUUUUAUUUAACACAAAUUUCACAAAAACAACAUUAAUCGCCACUGUUGAUACUGUUAUUUCAUCUAUUUAAAAAAAAUGGUAGAGAAUGAAAAUGCGUUCAUUAAAUUUAUGACCAACUUUUAUUACAUGCUGGACACACCAGUUACUUAUAUUCGAGAAAAGUUCGUGGUGCCGAAUCAAAAGAAAUAUCCGUGGUAUCAUCAAAAGUUUCGUCGCGUACCGACGAUCGACGAAUGUUACACCGACGAUAUGGUCUGUUUUACGGAGGCAAAUUCCCAAUUUCACCGAGACAGGUCAGUGGAUGAAGAAAUUGUGUUUAUUCUGAGAAGUCGUUUUGAGCAGUGCGCAUUUUACCACGGUGAAGAUGUCCAUUUGUGCGAUGACAUAAAAAAAGCUUACGAAGACACAGCUACUAAUUAUUUUAUAAAAUAUGGAGAGAUGGGAAUAUAUACUAAUGUUAAAAAUGCUUAUAUGAAACAAAAACAUCGUAUGAUCUGGGAGCGUCGUCAUGGUCCCGUAGGCAGUGGCAUGAAAGAGCAAAAGAGUAAUCCUGUUGAAGCAUGAGCGAUUAACACACUUAUGUAGAUGGCAAUUUAACGGCAAACACAUUAGCAUACAAAUUUGCGUUAUGAGUUUGCGUAAAUGUACAGAUAUUGUGAAUUAUACACGAGAUAAUAAUAAAAUAAUUUAUAAAAAUA